CAAGGCCCCAUUGGCUCAGGGUAUUUCUUCGAGGCCCAUUGGCUAGGCGUCCCUAACGUAUCGAUUCUUCCAGCUUCAUGACCAGCUGAGGUAUGGCUCCCGCCCAAACUCUCCAUUCCAAGCUGCUGCUGUUGGCUUUCUUGAGUCGGUGGCGCGGCGUAUGCGGGCUGCACGUGAACGGCGCGGAUUCGUUGCUGCAAAGCGGGACCAGCGUGGCACACGGUUCCCAGCGCCCCCCACGCACGCCCGAGGAGGCUGCCGCGGACUUCGGCGGCGUGCAAGCCUUGUGCAGGCAUUGGGGGUGGCAUCCGCUUCAGCCUGGGGCGCGGAAGCCCCGCAUUCACUAUGGCACCAUAAUUGGCAACGAGGGCCAAGCGGAUCUUUAUGAGUUACACUUCGUUGAAGUGUCCCCAUUCGUAGACCGCAUCGUGGCUGUCGACCCUAAGAUGACGCAGCUGGGACACCCGAGGAACGUUAGCCUCGACAUGUCACUGCCAGCUUUCAGACGGUUUGGUGAUCAAUUGCGGCACGUGGAGCUCGAAAAUCCUAUUCGGAACGGGAAGUUGGUUUACUCUCUAUCGGAAGAGGAAUUUAACGCACUCAAGCGGCCGGGCAAAGACCAGCCUUAUCGAUCGUUGGUUAUCGAGCAGUGGCAGCGGGCACAGAUGGAGCGGGGGUUCAAAGACUCGCAGGGCCAAUGGGAUAUAGACGAGAACGACGUAGUGGUCGUCACCGACUCCGACGAGAUUCCGCUGAGGCACUACCUCGCGGCGCUGCGCUAUUGCGAGAAUGACGACUUUGAGGCGGCGAAGAGCAUGCUGGACGCUGGGGUAGACAAGAGGGACGCGUGCGCCUUGGGAUCUACGCCCAUGCGCCUUCAGGUCUACGAGUAUUUUGCCGACUGCCCCGUCCGGAAGCCAGACUGGUUGAAACCCAAAGUCGCGAUGGCGCGCUGCUUGAUUAAUGGCGCGAUAGACUUCGAGGAAGUGCGGACGGGGCGCAACUUUCGUACUCGUUUACCGUACAGCGCUGCCGGCCGCCACCUGCACAACGUUGGGAUGUCGAACGCGGAUAUCGCGUUCAAGUAUGGUCAUUAUGCGGAGCCCAGGGUGCGGGGUCGGGACAGUGGACUCGUCGCCAGUGAGAAUGAGGAGAUGGCCUGGCGCGCUUGCUCUGCGAUGGCACCUCGCAUCGGGCGAACUGCCUGGCACAUGAGCACGCGGCCGUCUAAUGAUUCACAAUGCUUCGCGUCGACGCGGCUGGAAGGCGAAUGAUAAUCAUUUGGGCCAUUGAGGCUAUCAGAGGGCACUCGUGGGUACCGCCCAGUACCCUCUUGGGUCUCUUCCAGAAGCAUUGCGAAGCAAUGCAAAGUAAUGCCAGG